AUGCUCAAUCUCCAGCCCGCUAUAGCACGCAUUCCAUACACGACUCAGGUCGCCAUGUACCGGUCGCUUACCUUACUGGCAUUGCUAACGUGGGCAUUGCCAUACUGCAAUGCCGAUGUGACCAUCACACAGACAGUCCUCGAGACGAGUUACACUUGUCCAUGCCUUACAAGCGCAUCAUCCUCGUCUAGCCCGGCUGCGUCUGGAUAUUUCAGCACCACAUCAAGCACAACCGCGACCAGCACCAGUGCGAAUGGCGUUUCGCCUGUGCUUGGAAGUGUCUCGACAACUACAACACCUUCACAAACCACCUCUGACAAUGUCAUCAUUUCCACGACUGCGACGUCGGAAUUGACCUCAGCAGCUAUUAUCACGACUCCAUCUGCUACAUCUACUACAGCUAGCAGUGCCAUAUCGACUAGUCGAACAACGACCGUAAGUUCAACACCAGUCUCUCCCACCACCACACCCGCAACCACUCCACCCACAACGACUACGUUCCGAAGCACCACGACGAUCCAAAGGUACCAGACCACAACCACUCCGGCCGCAGUCUGCGGCGACGUCAUCCUAGAUGGCUCCUUCGAGCUCAUUUCUCCCGAAUACCUCUACGCCACAGACUUCACCAACGGCUCAUGGACCUUCUCCGGAGAAACCGUCACGAUCGCCAACAACACCGCUGACGAUGCAGUCACGGAGUGGGGUUCAGUAUAUGUCGAGUGGGAUCCUACCAGCGCGACGCCGCCAAUGUUCCUCGCCCAGAAUAUCUCAAACAUACUCAAUUACAACUCAACAUACAUCCUGGAAUUCCAGUAUCAAGUGCCUCUGUGGGACGACCCAAACAGUCAAUGCAUAUUCGACACCUACUGGAUAACCACAAAGAAUUCCACGCUUCUUGAGAGUAUGACCUUCAACUACGAGAUCCCUUCUUGGACGAUUCAGACCGUGGAGUUCAAACCGAAUUCGACGAACGGCACAUUGUCCUUUCAGGCAACAUGCGGUGGUACGCUAGAUUCCACAAGUUUCAAUCAGUGGCUGUUGGACGAGAUCUCACUGCAGCCGUACCCUCAAACCUGCUAAGCAUGGGCCAUGGAUUUUAGUUUGGAGCCCAUAAUGGACGCUAAAGAUAGUUUCGUAUUCAUUCAUGAAGAGUAACCCAGAAUGGAAAGCUCUUUGGUAUUACAGAUGUCUAAUUUGAAGCACAUUUCCUUGAGUAUUCCACAAAAUCAACUUUUGACCUCCAUGCCCCAUGCCGUAUGCGAUAUCGGUAUA